GGCCACGCCAACUCGAUGGAGGGCGAGAUCGUUCGGACCCUCAACGAGCUGUACCUUGGCCAGCCCUGGCACCCCGUCAGCCACCCUCAGUCCAUCACUGCGGGCCAGCGGCAGGCCCUGGACAACAUUCGAGACACAGUCCGACGGUUCGGCGCGCCCCCAGAGGGAUUGACUGGCUCAGGAGCCCUUGAGGAGCUCCGAGUUCUCAGCGACUACGCUGGCGAGAGCGCCACAGUCGCUCCGCUCGACUUUGAUAAUAUCAAUAGUCUCUCGCUUCCAUACGAGGGUUUCAAGCCUGUGCCGCUUGACGCGCUGGGAGGGGAUGCUGGCCGAAAGAUAGUCGAGCGGCUUCAUGGCAUGAUGUUGCCCCAGUCUGAGGGUCGCGCUCGGAUCGAGUCUGAGGGCCCCCGAAAGCUCGACACCGACCCGGCGUUGAGGGGCCCCAAGCUGUAUGUCCAGCUGCUGCGGAUCCUCGAGCGUCGGAAUCUUCUCGACUUCUACAAGGACAAGCGCUGCAACGUAGGUGUCUUCUUCGUUUACAAGAAGUCGGGGAAGCUGCGGCUCAUCCUGGACGGCAGGCACGCAUCUCUGCACUUCCAGGUCCCCGACAAGGUCGCUCUAGCGUCGGGUGCGACCUUCGCCGGCCUCCACGUGGACGGGGGCAAGCCCAUUGCGGUGGCGGAUGUCGACCUGGCGGACGCGUUCUACACGAUGCUGUUGCCGCCGAAGUUCAGGAGGUACUUCGCGCUACCUGGCUGUCGCGCUGGGCUGCUGGGCCUCGAGAGCACCGCGGACGGGCGGCGCCUGGCGGGAACCGACCUGGUGUACCCGUGCUUCAGGUGCCCCCCGAUGGGCUGCCCCUUCAGGCUCUGGAUCUGCCAGACGAUGCUGGAGGGGAUGGCUCUGUUGGUGCCCCAGCUCUCCCUCGCGAACCGCUUCGUGGACCGCCGACCUGUGCCGCUGGUGUCCGAGGGUAUGAUGCAUGCCGAGUACGUGGGCAGUGCGAUCAGCCUCUCUACGGACUUGGAGACGGCGAUCGCCGCUGCGUCGGCCGUGGACUCGAACCAUCGUGCAGCGGGCCCCCCUACUCACGGAGUCGAGAGCAGCUUUGGCGCCGUGGCACCGGGCUGGCAGUUCGACGAGAAGUUCCCGAUCAUCGGGCUGAACCCAGCGCUCCGCUGGAAGCUGCGGUUGGCCUUCCUGGAGCUGUGUCGGAGGGGAUAUGCCUCGGGCAAGACGAUCUCGCGCGUGGAGUCCGAGGUGUCGCAUCGGUCCCACGCCUUCAAGUCGGCGACCUCCGCCGACCCCUUCACCCCAGAGUCGGUAUUCACAAUCGACUGCUCCGGGAACCCGAAGGCCCCGAUCAAGGGGCCCCUGGAGGCGCCCGUAGAAGAGCCCGUCAAGGAGUCCGCGAUGAAGGGGGUGCACACGGAGGAGGAGAUGGUCAAUGACAUCGAGGAGGAGGAGGAGUUCCCCGAAAUCCAAUACGACGUCUGGGCGAAAGGACGUUCGUCGCGGCGGGAGAUGGGCCGCGCGCGCCGGCAGCUGGCGCCCCUUUCGCUGGCUAGCGGCGCUGCAUUCUUCUGGCGCCGGGUCCCCUCGGAGAGGAACUCGGCUGACCGCGCCUCCAGGAACCUGCCGGGCGUGGGCUACGCGGCCGCGGCGGCCGACCCCUGCUGCCUCGGCGCUGCCGCUGGCCACCCCAGCCCUGCGAGCGGGCACGGAGGGCCCGCUGGCGAGAGCUGGGCUGACAUCGGGCCCCCGCCCGGCCUCGAAGAGGAGCUCCAGCGGUCGUUCCUCGAGCUGAGGGCCGUGAAGGACAGGGCCGUCUGGAGCUGCCAGAUCCGAUGCCGAGCUUUCCUGACUUGGUCGACGAAGGUGCGCCUGUCGGUGGCGAUUUCACAACAUCUGGGCAUGUACUCGAUCCUGCGGUUCCCCGCGGAGCUCAGGGCGAUGUCGAAGGCCUUGGGCUGCGACACCAGUCUCCAGGUGGACAACCCAGAGUUCAGCGGGGUCGACCAGCUGCUGGACUGCCUCGUGGGAAGACGCGCGGUCGACGCGCUCCCGUUCUACGUGGACAUGAGGUCCUGGGUGCGGGCGCUCCUGCAGGCGAGCGCCGCCCUCGGACUGGGCGUCCUCGGCCCCCCAAUGCCGCAUCAGCUGCGCCACGGGGGGGUCAGCCCCGAGUGUCCGACGAACACCUGGACGUUCGGCAACAUCAAGAAGCGCAGGCAUUGGGAGGUCGUCAGGAGCCUCCUGCAGUACGCGAGGGUCGGUCAAGUUCAA